AUGUCAAGGCUUGUACCAUAUCUAGUCACUCCUGAACUCAAACGCAUUGCGCGUUUCAUUGGUGGUCUGGCCCCUGAAGUAAAAGGGAAUGUUAAGGCCUCUAAGCCAGCCACUUAUAGAUCUGUUGUAGAUCUAUCCUUAUCCCUCACUUUGGAUGUUGUGAGUAGUAGGGCGAAGGAGGUUACCGAGGAUGGGAAGAGGAAAAGAGAGGAUGACAAGUCUCCUCAGUCGAACAAAAAGGGCAAAGGGAACUCUGGUUCUAAAAAGGGGCAGUCGAAUGAUAGGCCCAGUGAAAAGGGGCACAUCAAAACCAAUUGCCCCAAGAAUGCAAAGAAGCCCGAGGAGGCAAAGAAAAACAAUGCAAGAGUUUUCCAGAUGAACGCGAGGGAAGCGGUGAACGACGAGAGCGUCAUAACAGGAACUCUUAGUAGUAAAUUGUUGGAAGUGAUAGACGCACUUAAAAGACGCAGGGUACAGAUAGCGUGCCUUCAGGAGACUAGGUGGAAAGGACAUAGAGCAGAAGAGCGCAAUGGGUACAAGUUGUUGUAUUCUGGGUCGGAUGGGGCCAAGAACGGAGUAGGAUUUUUAGUGUCUAUAGAAUUGCAUAAGAAUGUAAUUGAGGUGAUACGACACAACGAUAGAAUUAUGGUGUUAAGGUUAGUAUUAGGUGAGCAAGUAGUGACAGUGGUAUGCGCAUAUGCACCGCAAGUGGGACUAGGAGACCAAGUGAAAAGAGAGUUCUGGGAUUGUCUAGAUGUAGUAGUAAGGGCCAUACCUAGGGAGGAAAAAUUUUUUAUAGGAGGAGAUUUUAAUGGACACAUUGGUACGGAAAGUGAUGGAUUUGAGUUGGUGCAUGGGGGUUUUGGUUUUGGUGAUAGGAAUGACCCUGGUAGAGACCUUCUAGACUUUGCGACAGCUCACGGCCUAGGAAGAUCGACGGAUGUGGAUGGAUUGCAAGGUUAUACCAAGGGAGACUGCAGCGACUCAACAUCAUUUGCUAGUAGCAGAUAUAGCCCUAAAAGUAAGGCUAACUGA